AUGGGCAAGGGCAAGAAGAGCGUGAAGAAGUUCAGCCAGAAGGGCCACCUGAGGAAUGCGAUCAAGAGCCGGCAUGAGAACCAGAAGCGGAAGCGGUGGCAGGCGGAGAAGAACGCCAAGCUCGUCGCCAAGGCCCGGGAGGUGGAGCAGGAGGAGGCACAGGCCAAGAAGCGCCCCGAGGACAUGAGCGUGGACGAUUUCCUCGACAACGGCUGGAAGGACAUCGCGAGCGAUCCGCUGGAGCCCGGGCCGGCCAGCGACGCGUCGUCGUCAGACCACGACGAGGAAAGCAACCUGGACGAAAUCUCGUCCGAGGACGAGCCGUCCGCGAGCGAGGAGUCCUCUUCCGAGAGCGGCGAGGACGGCUCCGACGACGAGCAGGGCACUGGGUCUGAGAGCAGUGACGACAUGGACGAGGGGCCCGCGCCCGCCGCCCGCAGGAAAGCCAAGGGCGGCGCGAUCGACCAGCACAGAGCGGAGCUCGAGGCUUUGAAGGCGCGCGACCCCGAGUUCUACAAGUACCUCGAAGAUGUGGACAAGGACCUGCUCAAGUUCGGCGACGACGGCAUGCUGGACGACAGCGCGUCCGGCAGCGACAGCGACGACGACGAUGACGAUGACGGGCCAGGGGGCGAUCAGGGCGACGGCGGCGACGACGACGAGGCCGGCGAGCGCCGCGACGGGCCUCCGGCGUUGGCGCUGACGUCCUCGGAGGCGAAGAAGAUCUGCCGCAACGCCGCGUCGCGCGGGUCGCCCGCGGCCAUGAAGCACCUCCUUCAGGCGUACCGCGCGGCGUGCCACUACGGCGACGAGGACCCCGAGGGCCUGGAGGGGUCGCGCAUGAUCGUGACGUCGGCGUCAGUGUUCAACCGCGUCGUCGUCUUCACCCUCCGCGAAGCCCACGGCAUCUUUUGCCGCAUGCUCAAUGUUGACCCGGCGGCCAAGAAGCUGACGCCGCAGGCCGUGACCAAGGCCGGGGCCAAGUGGAAGAAGAUCGAGCCGCUCGUGCGCAGCUACUUCGGCAACACCAUGCACCUCCUCGGCGCCGCCACCGACCGCGCCCUCACCAUCCUGAUUCUCCGCCGCCUGCGGCCCUCCGUGGCGCUCCUCACGCCGAUCCCCGGCCUCACGCGCGCCGUCCUGCGCGCCGCCACGUCCGUCUUCUCCUCGGGCGAGCGCAGCGCCCGCCUCGAGGCGUUCAUGCUCAUCCGCGAGAUGGCAAUGUCGUUGCCGCAGCCGAUGCUCGACAACGCGAUCAAGGCGCUCGUGCGCGCGUACGCGGGCGCGGCCAAGUUCAUGAACCCGUCGUCCGCGCCGCACCUGGGCUUCAUGGGCACCUGCAUCGUCGAGGUCCUCAACGUGGACCUCCAGACCGCCUACGCGUUUGGCUACAAUUACAUCCGUCAGCUCGCGCAGCGGCUGCGGACGUCGCUGACGGCGCGCACGAAGGACGCGUACCUCGACGUGUACAACUGGCAGUUCAUGAACUGCGUCGAGCUCUGGGCGCGCGUCGUCGCUGCGCACGCAGACAAGACCGAGAUGCGGCACCUCAUCUACCCAGUGACUGAGAUUCUGUUCGGUAUGGGCCGCCUGAUCCCGACGCCGCGGUACUUCCCGCUGCGCCUGCGCUGCGCACGGAUCCUGAACCGCGUCCUCGAGGCGACGAAGACCUACGCGCCCGUCGGGCGCCUCCUGCAAGACAUGCUGACCUACUCUGGGUUCAAGAAGAAGCUCAAGACCGGCGCGAAGGGCUCGAACGCGAGCUCAGCCGACCUCGCCAUGGUCCUCAAGGUGUCGAAGAAGUCGGUCGACACCGCCGCGUUCCAGGUCGCCUCGAUCGAGGGCAUCCUGGAAGGACUGGUGAACUUCCUGGCCAUCCACGCUGGGUCCGUGGCCUUCCCCGAGCUGGCCUUCCCGAUCCUCAGGGACCUAAAGAGCUUCGUCAAGGACGCAAAGCUGGACCGCGUCCGCAAGCCCGUGAAGGAGGUCAUCACGGCGGUGGAGCGCAACAUCGAGUUCAUCGGGCAGCAGCGGCAGAGCGUGACGUUCUCCCCGAAGGACGUCGAGGAGGCCGACAAGUUCGAAGAAGAGAUGAAGGCCACUGGAAAGCUGGCGAUGGUCAAACUGGACAAGCAGAUGCAGGCCCGGGCGGCGGAGCGCACCGCGGCGCUCCGGACGACGGAGGUGGUGCUCAAGGCCGGCGAGGGCGACGCCGCGCUGGACGCGGACGGGUCGGGCGAGGAUGAGGAGGAGUUGGAGGCGGAAGUGAGGGGGGAGUCUGAUUCGGAGUCGGACGGGAGCGAUGGCGCGGAGGAGGACGAGGAGGAGGAGGAGGAUUCUGAGGACGAUGAGCGUGUGGGUGCGGAGGUGGACUUCGGCGCCGAGGAAGACCGGCUGGAGGACUUUGUCAUGUCUGACAGCGAGGAUGAGUCAGGGGGGGAGUCGGACGAGGACGCCCGGGCGCCAGUCGGCGGCAAGGCGGGCGGCAAGGUGCGCAAGGAGGCGAAGAAGCGCAGGAUGGAUGCGAGCGACGACAGCGACGAGGAGGGGGCUGGCGGGCGGGGUCAGAAUCGGCGCGUGGACUUCGGGGGGCGGCGCGGGGGCCGCGGGGGCGGGCGCGGGCGCGGGCGCGGCCGGAAAGGUCGGCGGUGA